AAGAGCCCUUAAAAAUAUUAUAUAUAUAUAUAUAUAUAUAUAUAUAUAAAAUAGAAGCAAGAGAAACAAAGAAAAGGCCAAAGGCAAAGAGAUAUAGGGGGAGGGGGUCAAGAUAGUCCCCCAAGUGUCAUUGAAAACCCACCCAAAAUACCCACAAGUUUUCUGGUACGUUUCUCUUCCUUUUUAUUUUCUUUCCUAUUUUUCAUUUUUACCCAAAAACAAAAUCGAAAUACGAAAGAAAGUAAUUUUAGGUUUUGAAAAUUAGGGUCUGUAUCUGUUGAAAACUUGAAUUGUAGCCCCCUUUCUUUACUCUUUUCUUUCCCUUUACCCAUUAUAAUUCUGCAAUUAAACAAGGAGGCAAGGAGUAACCAUGACACCAAAAUAAAUUCGUGGGUCGCUUCAAAACCCUAGAUCAGUCAUUUCCCGCCAAAACUGGUCCUGCACUCUUGACCUAAUGCUUCAAUCGAGUGCGAAGAGAAUGACUCGUUUUUUAGGGUUUUGAACUGGGAAAAUAAAAUUAAUGGCAGGGUGGUCGAUGAUUGCUGGUGAUAAUUGCUCAAGAACCCCCAAAAAGAAGCUCGAGCUAACAAAAGACCUAAAGACUGAAAUUGAUUGUGUUGAUGAUAGAAGCCAUUUCGAUAACUGUCUAAACUUUUUUCGACAAGAAAUCUGUGCCAUAGAUGUUGCUUUCCCUCCAAUGCUUGGAAAUGGACAAUCUGUUGAUUUGUUUAAACUUUAUAUGAUUGUGAGAAAGAAAGGUGGAUAUGAUGCCGUUUCUCAGAAUGAAUUAUGGGAUGUUGUGGCUGAUGAGUCUGGUUUUGGUGUAAAAUCUGGGUCUUCUGUUAAAUUGGUUUAUGCUAAGUAUUUAGAUGCUUUAGAGAAAUGGUUAGAGAAAGCUGUUGGUGAUAAGAAUUCAAAAACUAAGUCAAGUAACGGUGCUUCGAAUGCUGUUGGGGUUUCGGUGGAUUUGGGGUUUGAGUUUAAGGGGUCUUCUGAUUGGAAAUCUGUUUUAAAUGUUUGUGCUGAGUUGGAUUCUCCAAAUGGCAGCGAGAAAUGUACUGUUGAUGAUGAAGAAUCUUCUGUUCAUAUAGGUACCGGAAGGAGUGCUGCUGAUUUUGUGGAAGUUGGUCAUUCAAACUAUAGUAUGGCAAAGAGUUCUGUCAUUGAUUCUUUCUCUGAUGAGGAUAAAAAUUGUGAUGAUGUUCAGGAAAAAUUAGACUCCAAUUUAACAAGUGUAAAGGCAUCUGAUGAGGAUGAGGAGAAGAGUGUGGUGGUGGAAAUGGAUGGUAGUAAGGAAUGUGACCAUGGUGAUGACAAUGAUGCUAUGAUGUUAGAUUCUGAUGCUGUUAAGGAAUCUGCUUCUAGUCGUAAGAGGAAAAGGGAGUCUUUAUGCAAAAUGUUGAAAUGGAUUACUGGGAUUGCAAGGAAUCCAUGUGAUGAUGUAGUUGCCUCAUUACCAGAGUGGUCGAAGUGGGACUCUUAUGGGAAUGAGGAGUUGUGGAAGCUGGUUUUAUUGGCUAGGGAGUCAUUGUUUCUGAAGAGAAAUGUUGAUGCAAGUGCUGAACAAUCUAGUGGCCAGAAAUAUCGGAAGAUGCACCCAUGCAUGUACGAUGAUCAUGUUGGAUCCGUGUACAAUUUCAGAGAAAGGUUAAGAUGCAGUAAGGGGCUGCCAUCUGGAAUAACAUUGUCUCAAGCACAGGCUUAUUCAAAGUUACCUUCCUCAACAACUGAAAACGACUCGAACUCUAGCACAAAAGGGUGUUCCAGUGAUUAUCCUUCUACUGAGUAUUCACUACUGGACCUUCCAGUUGAAAAAACAAUUCCUUUGGGGCCAGAUUUUCAGGCAGAAAUACCAGAAUGGACUGGGGUGGUUUGUGAAAGUGACUCAAAGUGGCUAGGGGCACGGGUUUGGCCACCGGAAAAGAUGGAUAACAGAUUUGUUGUGGAAAGGGAACCUAUUGGUAAGGGAAGGCAAGAUUCAUGUGGGUGCGAAGUGCCUAAAUCUGUAGAAUGUGUCAGAUUUCAUACCACUGAGAGAAGGAUGAAAAUGAAGCGUGAAGUGGGGGUAGCUUUCUAUCAUUGGAGGUUUGAUAAGAUGGGUGAAGAUGUUAAGCUCUCCUGGACAAAAGAAGAAGAAAAGAAGUUUGAGGCAAUAGUACGGUCAAAUCCUCCUUCUCUUGAUAAGUGUUUCUGGGAUGAGAUAUUUAAAUUCUUUUCCACCAAGAGGAGAGAGGAUCUAGUGAGCUACUACUUCAAUGUAUUCCUCAUGCAGCGCAGAGCACACCAGAAUAGGUUUACUCCAAAUAACAUUGAUAGUGAUGAUGAUGAAUCAGAAUGCGGAGUAGCACCUAAUAGUUCUGGGCGUGAAGCACCCAAAUCGCCAGGCUCCCUCUUAUAUUCUGCAAAGAAGUCCCAUAAAAGUGGUAAAUGAUGCCCGUUGUUGAUGGAAACGAACUACCUACUGAGAUAGACACGGUUCAUGGCUGUUUUGGUCCUUAUUCGGUUAUGAUCUUUGGCUAUUUCUAUCACUCUUGGUGUAAAAACGCCAAAAAAAAUUUCAAUGUCUCGGGAAAGCAGAAAUUUUUGUGAUUAAAGUUUUGCGGUUAAUGAUGGUUCAGGGGAGAGCAUUAAUGGCAUCUAUUUUUGGUGGGAGCAGCAAGCUGUAAGGUGCUCGAGCAGCUUUGUGGCUCUUAACGUGCUUUGGAUUUGUUUUAGUUUCAGUUCCUGAGAGACAUGCUGUUCAUUCAUAUAUGCCACAGGCGACGUGCAGGUAGCACUUUCUUUUACCUUUUGUAUUAGGUGUUUUUGCAACACUGCCAACACGAACUGAAAACCUUAGGAAUACAGUGAAGAAUGAGUUAGAUUUAGUUAAAAAGAGGGAUAUGAAUACCAAGAAAAAGUAGCAUUUUUCUAUGAUUCAAUUUGUGGUCUCUCAUAGUCUGGGUACAUACAAUCGAGGAGAUGAUUUGAAUUUGGAAAACGAAUGAUCUUUUGUCUUA